GCGGGUAAGGUAUGCUUCUGCUUCGACUUCUGCCAUAAUACAAAAGCGCUCCCCAUUCACCCCCAUUGCUUGUUUUGCUGGUCGUCCCAAUUUCUCGAAUCUACGCUCACCUUUUGGUUCCUUUCCAGACACUGAGAAACUGACGUCGCCUCACGACCACCGACGUCGCUCGCGCUCUUGACAAUCCAUAGAUCUUACCCCGCCGAACCCCGCCAACUCCAACAUUAGCUACAAACUCUCCCGUCAUGGGUGAAGAAGCUGCCAAGGCCCCCGUGGUGGCCGAGGCUCAUGAAGUCGACACAUUCCAUCCCCCGCAGAAGAUGCUUGCAAAGCAUCCGAGCAAACCGCACUUGAGUAGUCUCGAGGAGUACCAGCAGCUGUACAAGGAAUCUAUCACAGAGCCCGAGAAGUUUUGGGGAAGACUGGCUCGCGAGCUCCUGACCUGGCAUAAGGAUUUCCAGACGGUCCACAGCGGUUCUCUACUCAAUGGCGACAACGCCUGGUUCCUUGAGGGCGAGCUCAAUGCGUCGUUCAACUGCGUCGAUCGCCAUGCCAUUAAGGACCCCAACAGGGUCGCCAUCAUCUACGAGGCGGACGAGCCCGGUGACGGCCGUACAGUGACCUACGGUGAGCUCCUCCGGGAGGUUUCCAAGGUCGCCAAUGUUUUGAAGGAUAUGGGGGUGCGCAAGGGGGACACGGUCGCCAUAUACCUGCCCAUGAUCCCCGAGGCUCUUGUUGCCUUCCUCGCCUGCGCCAGAAUCGGCGCCGUCCACUCGGUUGUCUUCGCAGGCUUCUCCGCAGACUCGCUGCGUGACCGCGUCUUGGACGCCCGAUCCAGGGUCGUCAUCACCAGUGACGAGGGCAGGCGCGGCGGGAAGCUGAUUGGGACAAAGAAGAUUGUAGACGAGGCGCUCAAGCAGUGCCCCGACGUUAAGCACGUCCUCGUCUACAAGCGUACCGGCGCCGACAUCCCCAUGACGCCAGGCCGCGACUACUGGUGGCACGAGGAGGUUGACAAGUGGCCCGCCUACGUCGCCCCCGAACCCAUGAACUCCGAAGAUCCCCUUUUCCUUCUCUACACCUCGGGCUCUACCGGCAAGCCCAAGGGCGUCAUGCACACCACCGGUGGCUACCUUCUCGGGGCAGCAGCGACGGGCAAGUAUGUCUUCGAUAUCCACGACGGAGACCGCUUUUUCUGCGGUGGAGAUGUCGGCUGGAUCACGGGUCACACCUAUGUUGUGUACGCGCCGCUCCUUCUCGGCGUGUCGACUGUCGUUUUCGAGGGCACCCCGGCGUAUCCCAAUUUCUCCCGCUACUGGGACAUCAUUGAGAAACACCAGGUGACGCAGUUCUACGUUGCUCCCACCGCUCUGCGGUUACUCAAGCGCGCCGGUGACCAGCACGUUCGCAACGAGAUGAAGCACCUCAGGGUGCUCGGCUCAGUCGGCGAGCCUAUCGCUGCCGAGGUCUGGAAGUGGUACUUCGAGGUCGUCGGCAAGGAGGAAUCGCAGAUUGUAGAUACAUACUGGCAAACCGAGACUGGUUCGCACGUUAUUACCCCUCUGGCUGGUGUAACGCCGACAAAGCCUGGAUCCGCUUCGCUUCCCUUCUUCGGCAUCGAGCCGGCCAUCAUCGACCCGGUCACAGGUGAGGAGAUUCACGGCAAUGACGUUGAGGGCGUCCUGGCUUUCAAACAGCCAUGGCCGAGCAUGGCCAGGACAGUCUGGGGAGCUCACAAGCGAUACAUGGACACUUACCUCAAUGUGUACAAGGGGUACUAUUUCACGGGCGACGGCGCUGGCCGGGAUCACGAGGGCUUCUACUGGAUCCGCGGCCGGGUUGACGAUGUCGUCAACGUUAGUGGCCACCGUCUGUCCACUGCCGAAAUCGAAGCUGCUCUGAUAGAACACGCUGCCGUCGCCGAGGCGGCCGUCGUGGGUGUGGCCGACGAGCUCACUGGCCAGGCGGUCAACGCCUUUGUUGCUAUCAAGGAUGGCAAUGAGCCGUCAGACGCACUGCGGAAGGAUCUCAUCCUGCAGGUCCGCAGGAGCAUUGGUCCCUUUGCAGCACCAAAGGCCGUGUAUAUCGUGCCCGACCUCCCCAAGACACGCAGCGGCAAGAUCAUGAGACGUAUUCUCAGGAAGAUCCUGGCUGGUGAAGAGGACCAGCUCGGCGAUAUCACCACGCUGUCGGACCCCGCUGUUGUCGAUAAAGUCAUCGCCGCCGUCCACGAGGCUAGGAAGAAAUAAAAUGGAGGUGUUUGCUGAUUUGUUCCGAGAUGUAAUACCAAGGGUUUAUAUGACGGUGUCUCUGUUGAGCUUAGGUGUAUUCUCAGGGCUCAAUAAUUCGCCAUGAGUUUGGGCCGCUCUUCUGUCUUGGAAGCGGUUUUCAGCUUGUCGCCUUCUGCUUUAUGGGGUCUGACGAAUUGUCGACAUACUGUUUGUUGUUGUUGGAGGAGGGUGUUGGACUAUCCGAGACUGCAAUGCAAGAUAACAAACAUUAUGAUGAUCAAUCUCCCUGGAUAUCAUGACCUAGUGCGUUCAGACGGUCCUGCUGGCCAGGCAGGCAAAUUGACUUAUAAGCUACCCACUAUGAGCGUAGUGAACAGUCC